CCGCAACCCCUUGGUGGCCGUCUACUACACCAACCGAGCCCUCUGCUACCUGAAGAUGCAGCAGCACGACAAGGCACUGGCCGACUGCAAGAGAGCCCUGGAGCUGGACGGCCAGUCCGUGAAGGCUCACUUCUUCCUGGGCCAGUGCCAGAUGGAGAUGGAGAACUACGACGAGGCCAUCGCCAACCUGCAGAGAGCCUAUAACCUCGCCAAGGAACAGCGGCUGAAUUUUGGAGACGACAUCCCCAGCGCGCUGCGCAUCGCCAAGAAGAAACGCUGGAACAGCAUCGAGGAGAAGCGGAUCAACCAGGAGAAUGAGCUGCACUCCUACCUGACCAAGCUGAUCAUGGCGGAGAAGGAGAGGGAGCUGGCUGAGUGCCGAAAGACUCAGCAGGAAGAAAACGCGGAUGAGAGCCGGAGCCGAGUUCAGCUGGCCAGCAUCGAGGCCAAACACGACAAAUAUCUGGCAGACAUGGACGAGCUCUUCUCUCAAGUGGAUGAGAAGAGGAAGAAACGAGACAUCCCUGACUACCUAUGUGGGAAGAUCAGUUUUGAGCUGAUGAGAGAGCCUUGCAUCACACCCAGUGGCAUCACCUACGACAGGAAGGACAUUGAGGAACAUCUCCAGCGCGUGGGUCAUUUCGAUCCGGUGACGCGGAGUCCCCUGACCCAGGACCAGCUGAUCCCCAACCUCGCCAUGAAGGAGGUGAUAGACGCGUUCAUCUCAGAGAACGGCUGGGUGGAGGAUUACUGAGGGGCCGAGGGGGCAGCACUGGCCCGUCCAGGUCCCCCCCCAGAUGGCACAGAUGGCUCUCGCUGGGCUGGCACCAUGCCUUACUCGCUCUCCGGCUGUUCCCCCUCUGCUCCAGGUGCCCAGAGACCCAGCAGAAGCGCUGGGAAAGGGCACAUCGCCAUCUCCCCUUCCCGAGGAGCUGCAGCGCCUGGGAGGGUACAAAGGCUCCCCGGGCUCCCCUCUCCACCAGCUCCUCGCGGAUCACAGCACUUGGAGGAAGAUCUGCCUGGCACUUUGGAGAAGGCUGGCUGGUGGUGGUGUCCUGGAAGGUUGCACCAGCAUCUUCAUCAUCCAGACCAGCAGGCUCCCCCUUGGCUACGGCAGCUGACAGUCCCCAAAGAUCACAUCCUGCUCCAGGGAGGUGCUGCGAGGAGCUUGCCGGGAUGAGCGCCUGGUGCUGGUCGGGCCCAGUGCCCUCCCCAUGUACAUAGUUAUUUCUUUCUUCCACCUCCUGCCUGGCCAGGGUCGGGUCCUCCUCUUCCCUGUAAAUAGUCACUUGCCAGGGUGGGAGACCCACGUUCCUUCUGCAGAUGCCGACUUGCCCUCCGGCUUUUCCUGGGAAACAACUGCCCCUGGGCUGGAAGGGGCUGGUUUAUGCUUCCCCUUGCCUGCUGGGACUGUGGUUCCCUGUGAACAACUGCCUGGGUUCAAAUUUUUCCUUUUAAUGAAAUCUCUUUGAAAAAAAACCUACAAAACAACAACUCUGCAUCCGACAGACUCCAGCGUUUUGGUCGGCCGACAGCCUGCCUGGCUUUGAGCGCCCUCUGAAAGUUUGCCAAUGUCAAUUAAAAAAAAAA